UGAGAUUCCCCUCUUUUCUUUAUCCUAUUUCCUUAUGCGGGUGGAGUUUUUGGAUAAUCUAAAAAAGAGAAAAUAUGCAGCUAAUUUCUCCCUCGUCUUGCUUACCUCAAUAUCAAAGAAAUCCUCAUUCGUUUCGCAGUAAACCAUCUAAAUCCAACAGGAGGCUUGUGGAGAGUUGCUUUGGGGGUGAAGAAGGGAGGGUACGCGCACAGAAUGCGGGGGAGGGCAGAAGCCGGAGGAUAAUGCUAAUGCUCCCGCUGGUGCCGUCGAGCUUGUCGGCCGCUCUGCCGGCCAUUGGGAAGGUUAAAAGCAGGAGCCCAUACGAUGAAAAGAGACUGCUUGAACAGAAUAAGAAGAUACAGGGGGCCAACAAUGCACCUGAAGACUUCCCGAAUUUCAUUAGAGAAGGUUUCCAAGUGAAAGUCAUGACAUCCGACAAAUAUGUUAAACGUGAUAAUGGACUUAUAUAUCUGGAUUUAGAAGUUGGUCAAGGUGAUUUCCCAAAGGAUGGUCAGCAGGUGACUUUUCACUAUGUUGGUUACAAUGAAUCAGGCCGUCGUAUUGAUAGCACUUAUCAACAAGGUUCACCUGCCAAAGUUCGCUUAGGCAAUAAAGCACUUGUUCCAGGGUUUGAAGAAGGAAUCCGAGAUAUGAGACCUGGAGGGAAGCGAAGGAUCGUCAUUCCUCCAGAACUUGGACCUCCAGUCGGACCAUCCACAUUUUUCAGCUCAAAACAGUUUGAGGUUUUCGAUGUCGAGCUAUUAGAUGUAAAAGAUUGCCAGCGCCGGACAAUAGCCUUUUACUCUGACGUUGUUUGCAACUAAGCUGCAGUUCUUACUGUUAGUUUUUAUUGAAAUGUCGAUGUCGCCUGUAGGAGUUCAGUUCUGGGUCUUUUGAGAGAAGUAUUUUUCCUGAUAUUGUUCUCAGGCUCCCGGCCCUUUACGAUGUAUGCAUAUAAGCUCCCAUUUUUGGCACACUAGGCAAUAUUUUGCUGAGGCAGGGAUAUUCCUUAUAUGAGCAUCAAUUCGAAGUAUUCAUUCUAGAAGUUUUUGCUAUUAAGUGUACUGAUUUAGAGAUACUUUAAUGUUUUAUAUUUUGAUGUUUGGAUU